UAAUUGAUUUUCGAGGACAACGAUCCUAUUCCGAAAUAAUAAAGAAAAAAAAUUCUGAUUUCUCUACUAUAAAUUGACUUCAAAAAUUGUGAAGAGUAAUUCGAUCGAAUUCAUCCAAUCCAAGCAUGGCUAAACUGCCACUAAUCUCGUGCCUCCUCUUAUCUCUCUGCAGUUUAUCUCUAUCAGCAAACGUUUUCAUCAGCAUCGACUGCGGCUCAUCGGCGUCGUACAGGGACGAGAACGGAAUCUCAUGGACCGGCGACGACGAGUACGUCCGCACGGGCGAGUCCCGCUCCGUGCAGCCGUCGAGCUCCUACAGCCGCGUGGCGGACACGCUGCGCGUGUUCCGGAACCAGACCAAGCACUGCUACGAGAUCGGCGGCGUGAAGCAGGGGCGCGUGCUGGUACGCGCCACCUUCUUCUACGGGAACUACGACGGCCGGAACUCGCCCCCGGUCUUCGACCUGCUGUUCGACGGCUACUACUGGGGCUGGGUGAACAACACGGGGCCCACGCCCUCCCGCCACGAGGUCGUCUACACGACGACGAAGCCGUCGAUCAGCGUUUGCGUCUCGCAGGAUUACGAAGGCCAGUUUCCGUACAUAAACGCUAUCGAAGUGAGGAGUUUGGAGCCGUCUAUGUAUGGUGCUCUGGGUGUUUACAGGGACAGUUACUCCUUGUUCACGAGGAAGAGGGUGGCUUUUGGUACUAAUGCAACCAUCAGGUUUCCAGAGGAUCCCUACGACAGACUAUGGAGGCCCGAUCCAUUCAUGAAUGGAUCGGUCCAAGUUACAAGCGACGCCCGUCUCAGCGGCGGGAUCGUACUGGCGGAUAGACCGCCGCGUGCAGUGUUGAAAAAUGCGGUUACUGGCCCCACACUCAAUUCAACCAUAGACUUUAACCUCGCGUUAUCCACUUCUAUCAAUUCUUCCGUCUACAUAAAUUGGUACUUCUCCGAGGUUACUCGCCUCGGCCCCAACCAAACUCGAUCCUUCGCCUUCUACCUGGACAACGUCAACAUCUCCAAACCCUUCUCACCACCUUAUGAUAAUUGCACGGAGAUGUUAAUCAACAACAUUUCAAUUUCGGGAAACACCACCAUUUCUCUUGUCGCGGCCGCAAACUCCACGCUUCCGCCCCUCGUCAAUGCCAUGGAAGUGUUUAUCCUCGGACGUUUUCCACUCAACAAUGGCACUGACGAGAAAGACGUUGAAGGGUUAGCUUCGCUGCAAAAAGCGUUCAUUUCUUUGCGAAAUUGGAGCGGCGAUCCUUGUCUUCCCAAAUAUUAUAACUGGGAUUGGAUCAAAUGCUAUGGUGAUAGAGUGCAAACACUGCUUCUUGGUGGCUUCGGGCUUUCGGGGUUGCUUCCAGAUUUCACUUCCAUGGAUGCUCUUACUACAAUAAAUCUUUCAAACAACAGCUUACGAGGGAAUAUUCCUGAUUUUCUUGGCUCGUUGCCGAAUCUGCAAAUAUUGAAUCUUGAGAAUAACCAAUUCAACGGUACCAUUCCAGCCUCAUUAUUAGCCAAAAAGGGCCUAAUUUUACGGGUAAGUGGAAAUCCAGAGCUGUGUACAUCAAACUCAUCGUGCCCGACUCCGACGACGACGACAAGUCUGCCGAAGAAGAACUCUUCCGUCGGAAAGAGGAAGAACAUUCUAGAAAUUAUCUUCGCCACCAUAAUUUCAUCCAUUAUCGUAUUAUUGAGUUAAUAGAAGAAUGUGAUAUAAAUAGUUUAAUUUCUUUUGUAUAUUUUGUAAUUCAAACAAAUCUACUGAUUAAUUUUCUGUAAUUAAUUCAGUACAAUUAAUAAAAUGAAUUGCCACCCAGAGAUGGUGUGCCGUGUGCGACUAUGUAAUGUGUAUAAUUAUUUUUAUGUUAUAAAACGAAGAUCUUGGUUUUAUUUA